UAGUAUCAGUACCAUACUUGGCCAUUAUGUGUCGCCAGGCACACCUAAACCUAACAGGCGAAUACAUAUAUUUGACGAACAUCAUUACUAACCCUAUGUUUCAUAAAAAAUUGUGCAACUUAUGAAAAAAAAAUACAUCUUUGAAAAUGAUGGCACUAUUCCUUAAAUAUUUGAAAUUUUUAUUUCACAUACAAGUAAUAGUACAUGCGGUUUUAGAAAAUUAAUAAUUCAGUUUUUAAAAAUGAUGGGGUUUGUUUUAUUUAUUGUGAUUUGCAGUAUUCUGUACUGUAUUUGUACUUGGAUCAUACCAAGAGUAUUAGCAUGGCUUGUUGAAAGAAAAUGUAAAAUAAACUUACAAGUUGGUCAUAUUUCUCUUCCUUAUUUCAUUCUACGAGACAUCAUAAUUUCCACAAAUGGCUUCACUGUGGAAAUUGAAGAGUUUACCAUGCGCAGCAGUUUGUUUAGUAGCGAAGUUGCCAAACUACUGUCACUCAUGCUGCGAGGUGUACGAGUCAACAUUGAUGUUCCUGCAGUGUCAACAAGACAUAAAAAUCGCUCAAACAAAGUACUAGAUUUCAGAGACACCAAAAUCCCUUCGUUUAUCAUAACAGUUGUGCAAUUUUUAGCCAUAAACAUUGAAAAUUUAAGUCUAUUGGCACUUGGCAACGGCUGGCUGGCAAAUGGCAGUGCUGAAACUCUCUGUCUUGAUGGUAGUGUAGUACAUGGAGCUCGUACAUUACUUGGAACUGCAACUGUCCUCAACGGUGUUAUGAAAUUACUUCGCCAUGCAUCUGAUGCGUGCUUAGCUCAAAUUAACUUUGCUGGCACUGUUGAAGCUACACUCAGAGCUCAAGGAGAGUUUUCACUUGAGAAAUUAUUCGUGGGGAUCACACAGACUGAAGGUUCUGGGGGUGUUGGCCUCUUACAAUUUUUAAAAGAUAGAAAAUCUUUAUCCCCUCAAGCAUUAAAUUCCACAACACCAAAACAAUUUAAUUGUGAUGACGAAGUCCUAGCUAGAUUUUCCCCAAUUUUACCAAAGAAUCUGCUCAUAAAAUGUGGUAGUUCUACAAUAAUUGCUGGAAGGGAAGAUGGUUGUCAUGCAGGCCUAGAAUGCACAAUGAAAAGCUUACAAAUCAAUGCAAAAUUUCAACCAGCUGGUCCUCAAGUUUAUUUGGCAUUAAAUACAGAUGGGAUAUCAGUAAAAGGAAAACUUCCUGUGCUUUCAUUGCGUUUGCUUUCCAUUGAAUCGAGAUUAGAAGAGAAUAUUUUAAAAGUAGCAACACAAUUAAACAGUCUCUCAAUGACUUACGAUCACAAAGAUUGGGAAUCAAUGCUAAGUUAUGGAGUUAAAGAUAUUUUGAAACCAAACAUUAGCACGUCGCCAAAGAAUAAAUUUCCUGGUCUAAAAAUUCAAGCAAUUACUGAACUCUACGAAGCUUCACUGUUUAUAAAGUUACCUGAAGUUGAAGAAACUUUUUGUACAGUCGCUCAUGUCAAAUUUUCAAUGGAUCGAGUGGCUGAACAAGCUGAAGAAUGGAACACAGAGUUGACUCUGGAAUCACUGUGUUGUGCAUUUAGUGGCAAUUCUGCUGGAUCAUCUGAAUCAACACACCAGUGGGGAAAUCCUCUGUCGAUUGGUGUAUUUUUGGCCACCACGAGAAAAAACGCUAUUGGAAUUGCACUAAAUGCUUUAAGAACUGAGUGGAGUUUAGAACUUGCAAAAUUCCUUGAACGUGGAUUACUGUAUUGGAAAGAGCAUAAAAAAUUAAGUGGCGAUAAUAAUAGGUUUAACGACGAGAUGCUGCAAUUAAAUUUAAAAGCCUCGAAUUGCAAUUUCUUCUUCAUUGCAGAAAAUGAGUUGGCCAUUAUGGUGCGCUUAGACUCGGCUACUUUGGAGCGAAGUAUCAAGCGAUUUGUCGGCGUAGCCGAGGGCAUAUGUGCUAUAACGUUAAAUAGGAAUGAGCCAAUUAUUUGUGGACACGCACAAGCAUUAAGUCAUCCGUUCUUAGCUGUUAGAAAAUGUAAGACUGCCAUCACUCCUACUGCGAUAAAUAUCAGUCUCGAUGACACAAAUUUAGCUUGGAGUCCUAACUUACAUCUACGCUUACUGCAAUUGUGGAUCGAAUCGCAAGAUUUCCGAUCAAUCUUGUGGGACAGGAAGAUUGUAGCUGCUAUUAAUGAAAAGGCUACAGUAAAACGGCACUUGGAUAUCCUGUGCACCAACGAAAUAACCUUAGCAAUUGACAUUUCUCCGCGGCAUUUCUUGGAAUUGUCUUCGGAUCACUUGAGAUGGUCGCAGGGCGAGUGGAAACUCAAUUACCUUCGAGUAGCUUUGGAUAUGGCCGACAUAAUUACGAUUGAAGGUUUCAAACUGGUCCGUGUGCCAGAUAGCGAAGACGUCAGGCUAGAACGUCAGAAUAACGAAGGGUUCGAGGUAGAGUGGAAUGAAACUUGGAUGGUGAACAUUGAUCUGGCAAAGGCUUGCUUCCCUCAUGAACACAAGUUUGCCGAAGCUAUUCAGAAUGAAUUAUUCAGCAUCAGGAGAUGGCUCAAGGAAUUACAUUCUUCUAGUUCAAAGAAAGAAAAGCCGUUACCAUGUGAUCUAGUCAUUAAAAUAAAAGAAUGGAUUUUCGAAGUGAGCGACGAUCCAUUUGAGGUCCGCUUGCGCGACAACUACGAGCUCCUCGAGGACGAAUACAAGGAGAGCUUGAAGCGCCAGGCGAUGCUUGACACCAAAGUGCAAGAGCUGUUCAGGGCGCACCUUUUGCUACCCCAGGGCAAGGUUGAAGAGCUCUACGCAAGUUUAAACAAGAAGAACGCGGAAAUUUACGUGCAGCGCUGGAGACAGAUGCAGCGCGCCGGGCCAGCGCGCACCCGGCUCUUUGCCUGGACGAUGCUCGACCUGGAGAUCAUAGCUUUGGCCGAUCCGUCGAUUCACGGAUUGGAGCACGCGAUCCGCUCGCUCAAGGAGAUGGAUCCCGAGUCACCCUGGCCCGAUGACCUUGAAUUCAACACGCUCUGGGUAAGAGGUAUAGCCCUCAAGUGUCUCGAAUGGAAGCUCCAGCUUCGAGAUUUCCCGCAGCCCCUUUUGCUCGUCGAGGGCUUGAGUAUCUGGGGCAGGCUGGCUGGUGCCGAGGCACUUGCUCAGCCGAGGGCCAGGAGGACCGUGAGAAUCGAGGUGGGCACGCCCUGGGACGACAUUGUUAUCGAGCGAGGAAUGACUUCGUUGAAGUAUUACCAUGAUUUAAACUGGGAUAUAAAUAAGUACAGAUAUGCAUUCGGCCCGUGCUGGGAGCCGGUGAUAGCCCAGUGCAACUUGAGUUUUGAGAAAAUAAUUCAUCCAUCGCGCGAUCCCAGUCCACCACUGCCGUUCUGGGACAAGCUGCGACUGAUGCUGCACGGCCGGCUGACGCUCUGCGUGAAACAACUGACGGUCCUGCUGCAUGCCUCGCUCGAUCCUUACAACACGACCGAGGAGAUGGAGCUUACUUGGAGCGGACUCGAGCUCGACUGGACCCUAGGCAAGAUCAUCGUUAAGGGCGACCUCGACGUUUACGUGCGCACUGCCAGCAAGUACGACGACUGCCGACUGCUACACCUACCCAACGUCAGGCUAAGCAUCAAGCUAGCCUGGUUCUGUUUGGGGGAUCCCCGCGACCACCACGUCGCUAUACCGUGCGCCCCCGAUAAGCUACCCGAGUACACGAGUAACCAGCAACACGACUCCUUCCGCGCCUUCCGCUCUCAGAACCUCAACGUAAGUCUGUCCCUCGAGACGAAAACGGCAGGUUCGCCGACCCUGACGAACGCGCCCUCAGCCUUGCUGUACGGCAGUACGCUCCGCUGGUUUGAAAACCUCAAGCUGAUCCUGUCGGGUGCGACCCGUCCCACCCGCAAGGGCCCGCUCUUCAGAAAUAUCCGGCCCCGGAAGAAGCAGCUCAGCCGUCAUUACCGCAAGAUUCGUCUGACCCUGGCGUUCCACCGCUUCCACGUGAGCUACUGGAUGUCUUUCGCGAUGCAGCGUGGCUUCGAGGUCACGGGCGGCCGGGUGGCCUGCAGCUCCGAGCACAGCCUUAGCCUGCAUCCGAUCGACGACGGCCUGAUACACAGGCCUCGAGCCGAGUGGUCGAUCGCCUACAUGAACUGCGAGCUCAACGACGCCGAGAUCUGGCUCAAGAGUGCCCUCCAGGAGGAGGAGGAGAGCGCCUCGCUCAGGCAGCCCGUCGAGAAGUGCUACUGCCUCAGCGUCACUCGCGUCAGCUAUGGCAGGGAAGCAGUGGUGGCAGGCGUGAGCGCGGAUACACCGACCCACCGCUUGGUUGUGCACGACCUUAAGGGUGCCUGGACGAAGAACAAUCGUGACGUAGCGUUUGCCCUUUUCGACUCGUUCAUCAAAACCCAGCAACUCAAGAAAAAUUUGUCUACGGCAGCGCUCAAGGGUUUCCAUCGCGAGAGCAGCUCAACGCCGCACAAGAAUCGUAAUCCACGACCAGCUAUCGAUGCCAGCGCCCCGAACACGCCUGCGCAGGUGGUGACGCCUUCCUCUGCGACGAGCAAGCCCCAGCAAGGUGAGGCAGCUGCUAUGCUACAGAGGCUGAUUGCAGAGGCAGCAAACAAGCCCGUGGUCUUUAGCGAUGACACGUCCGUGCAGACUAGGGGCCAACAAUUGAGGGGACUCGCUGCCUGCAAUCAGGACGACGUGCUUCAUAAAAAUUGGCUGAUUGCUCUCGUAAAUAGCCAAGUACUGCUAAAGGGUAUCGAGACGCGAGGCUACGUCAUACUGUCUGCAGCCAAAGCAGAAAUCCUGCAAAGAGUUCACCGCCCGGUCUGGAAGGAUAGAACUCUCAUGUCAAAAACAACGUGGGUCGGCUCACUAGAGUGCAUGCAAUACUACGCCACUGUCAAUGCGAACAUCGACGACAACAUCAACGACAACAUCAUGUGGCUCACGUUGGACAACAUUCAAGAAAAGGAUUCGACCGUGAUUGCCGGUUUACCAGACGUGCCAGCCUUGGUGGGAUCAGGUCAAAGUGUCGGUGGAGUAGUGAGCCAAACGGUGGGCGGAGGAGGUGGGCCGCAGCAUCAGCUACAGCGCAUAGUAUCACGUUGCAAGUGCGAGUUUUUCUACGUGGGCUACGGCCAGGAUGCAGGUUUUCUUGGUGAUGUGCCACCGCUACCUGGUGAGGAGAUCAGUCCGUGGGAGCGCAAAGACCUCUCGGCAGCCGACGCCUUUACUCUUAUGCAUCACGAUUUAGACGUGUGCACGAAUUCCCUGCAGUACGCCAUGAUUUUGGACAUCGUUAAUAAUCUGCUGUUAUACGUCGAACCGAGGCGCAAAGAGGCCCUCGAACGACUGCAGCGUAUGAGGUUCCAGCUUCAGCUUCACUCGGAAGAAGAUCAAAAGCGUCCGAUUCAAGAGCGUCAGAACAUAGUGCGCGGAUUGGUUGCAAAGUUACGACGGCUGGAAAAAGAGGCGCAUCUUGUGCAGAAAGCCUUGAACGAGGAAUCCAGUCCUGAGCUUUUAUCGGAAAUAGAGCGGCUGGAGGACAGGGUUUUCGAAUGCAAAGAAAAGCUAAGCGCCAAGGCUGAAGAGCUGGACGUGAUGCUGAGCUGCUACAAAGAAACCACGGCGCCCGCUGCGGCCUCGACAACUCUGAAGGACAAACCUGCAGCCGUAGCUAGAGCAGCUGAAAUCUGUUUCAAGCACGCUCAAUGGAGGCUGACAGAUGCCGACGGCCAGUUGGGUAUUGCCGAUCUGAUACUCACUAAUUUCUUGUACACUAAGACCAGCAAAACCGACGACUCGGUGGAACAUUUGCUUGAGCUCGGUUACGUGCGGAUGACGAAUCUGCUGCCUAAUCAAGUUUACACUGACGUACUCACACCUACAGAGCUACAAAAUAACAUGCCCGUAGAUCGACAAAGGGCGCUCAGGGUUUUUUGCAGAGAAAAAGCUCCGGUGGCUGGAAUAUCGGUCAAAGAACACUUUGAAAUUAAUGUGGUACCUCUUACGAUCGGUUUGACAAAAAAGUUUUUCAACACCAUGUUGAAAUUCUGCUUUCCUGAAAGAGAUCCAGAAGGCAUAGAAGAACCACCUGUUCCACAGAGAGAAUCAUCGUUUUAUGUACCAAUGGAAAGAAGAGAGGACGUCGAAAAAAUGAAAGAACGCGCUGAUAAAAAUAAGUUAUUCAUCUACAUAAAAAUACCGGAGGUACCGGUUCGCGUGUCUUACAAGGGUAACAAAGAGAAGAAUUUAGAAGACGUGAGAGAUAUUGCUCUUGUGAUUCCUACAUUAGAAUAUCAUAAUGUGACGUGGACUUGGCUUGAUCUCUUGCUGGCUAUGAAGAGUGAUUCUAGGCGUGUGAUUCUUAGUCAAGCCAUUAAACAAAAGCUACAAAUAAAACCAAGAGGACCGCAAGAAGAAGUUACUCCCCAGGAAGAGGACAAAGCACGGCUCUUACUCGGAGCUAGACAUUUACCUGGUGAUGCGAGAAAAAAGAGCGUCUUUAAAUUUAAGUAAACACAUCUGGUUUUUUGUUUGUUUUUUUUUUUAAUACAAAGCAACUUUAAUUGAAUUGGUGAGUGCACACUUGCUUUUGUAUUUUUAACGGCAAAAAGUAGUUUUUGGUAUUUUCAUUUGGAUGUAGCUUGUAUGUUUGCAUUUUUAGAACUCUGCAUCAUUUAUAAAAACUUACCUUUUAUUUACUUGGUGAGGUUGAUAGUGCGUACAAAGUAUCAGGCGUUACCUUUUAUAAGAUUUUCUAUUGAGUCGCAUUUUUUGAGCGUAAAUUUUUUAACGCUUAAACUCAAGAGACCCCCUUUUUUAAUACAUUACAUUUUAUUUACUUACAAAUAAAUUUAUUUCACUGACUUUUUAUCCUAUUUUUAUUGACCCUUUAAAUUUUCGUUUUAGUACAUUUCUCAGAAAAUUAAGCAAUGAGCCAAAAAAAAAGUUAUAA